CCUAUACCCACUGUAAUGAUAGGUAUAUGACCACCAUCUCCCCUAUAUAUACUGAGAGAUUACUGUUCAAUCGCUUUUUUCACUUCAAUGUGUUUACCACUCUGUUAACCCAUUAAGGACAUCAGAAUAUAUUAAUUUGAUAUUUGAGUCAACGACGCCUUGAUCUAUUUCCCCUCCCUGUCUUCAGAGAUAUCACGUCAUUAGGUAUACCUCAGAAAAUUGUAGAAGCCUCGAUGGUGCAGCAGGAAAUACAACCAUUGGAUUAUAUUUCUAACACCUCCUUUUCCAACACCCACCCAAAACCUGCAUAGCUGAAACAGUGGUUGUUUAAAAUGCACGUCAUCAGAUUUUCAAGGCCUGGGGCUUAAUGACAUCCUGCUUUUAAGGGUUUGUUGCCAAGCCAUUUGCAAACUAGUCCAGUGUUGAUGAGAAUUGUCGUUCCAUUUUACAAUUCAGGAACUGUUUGGGUUGAGGUUGUUAAAAUGAAAUGAAAUGAUAGCUCCAUUGUAUUUAUUUCCCUCUCAUUCUCUUCCCCACAACAUCCUUGUGUAUAGUUAAUCAAACAAAACGUUAGGCUGCCACGAUCCUUCUGGAAUCAUAAUGGUAUCAAAUCAUCCAUAAGAUAGCUGGACCUUGAUUACCCUCUAUUUUGUGGGCUCACAUCCAGCACACACAGAUGACGGAGACGCCGUUGUCUAUAUAGGGUCUGUGACAAUGAUCAAACUUCCUCAAACAUGUUUUGUGGUUUGUGACAUAACUGAGGACGUGCAUGCACUGCUGCUUAGUUCUCAGUGGUUUGAAGGCGGCAGCAGCGAUGGCAGACACCAUGUCUUCUCUUCCGCUGCAGCAACUCAUCGCAUCUAUCAACACCAGGCAAUUACCCGUUGUUCUCCAGGUCUGCUCUGGCAUCUACUUCCAAGGGUCGGUGUAUGAGCUAUCGGGGAGUGAGGUGUGCUUCUCAACGGGAGACCUGGUGAAGGUCACCGGCCUAACGCUCAUAUCUGUCACCUGUGAAGACACCAUCAGCGGACAGAUAUCCGAGUUGCCACUCAAUCCUAAAGGCGUGUUCAAGCAGUUCCCAGAAGGCCGGCGCUACCAAUCACUGAAGGACAUGUUAGGUGCGAGGUCUCAGGGGACAGGGAACCCCGGCCUGCCGUUCUCCUUCAUCAGCCGCUGUGAGCUGACCGUGGACGACCUGGUGAUGGGUCCCGGGACGGUGAUGGUGGCUCACUCGGUGGAGGCGCCUAGGGGGGAGGGAGGGACGGGGAGGAUGCUGUGCCGAAUGAGCGGCUCCCAGGGGGGCUCCGUGAGGUUGGUCCUACCGCUCAGCUGCCAGGGGGAGUUCUACGAGUGCUUCUCCCUGCAGGAGAUCAUGUCCAGGGCCGAGCUGUGCAGAGGCCUCUUCUGCAGUGUGGACGCCAUUGUGGGGGCGGAGCGACCCCUGAUCUUCCGCCCCGUGUACGAGGUGGAGGCCCGCAUGCACCUGCGCAAGGACACGGUGAGGUUCCCCUCCAGUCUGGAGGUGGAUGUGGUGGAGGUGACAGACCAGCCGGACGACAUGGCCUUCAUCACCCCGCUCACCCUGGACGAGCUCCUCACCCUGCCCGACGACACCUUCCCCGCCACCGCCCGAAUCGUGGAGACCCCGACAGUGGAUCAUCUGGUGCAGUCCGGCUGGGUGGAAGAGCUCCGCGGGAACCAGGAGCUGAUCCUGCACAGCAAGGGCUCCGUCAGCAUGGCCCUGUUCUCAAGCGCCCGCAGGAUCAAGCGGCAGUACUUCCUGGUGUCUGAGGGCUACGGGGGCCGGUUUCGCAGGAGGCCCCGGGAGUUCCUGUCCGUGUUCGAGGUGUACGUGGCGUCCACCCAGGCGCCGGGCCUCAGGGUCACCGUGACGCGGUCCGUCCAGGAGGCCGAGGACGACGUGAGUGGCCUGGUCGUGGGGGAGGAGCUGGAGGUCGUUGGCCACCGCAUAGGAGCUCAGGAGGCGCAGCAGUCGAAUCCCAAGCAGAGCGCCGACGUGCUCAUCUGUCGGCGCAUCGAGGAGCUCAGCGAUGACGAGGAGGAGGCAGAGGGCGGCGCUGCUGCUGCUGCUGCUGCUAUUCUGGAGCUGCCGCUGCACUGGCACGGCUUCUUCAGAGAGGUGAUCUCCAACAAUAAGAAGUACAAGAUCAAGGACUUGUGCCAGCAGUUCUCUCUGCCGCUGAACGUCAAGGUAGUGAGCCGAGACGCCGACCUGGCGGCCGAUCCUCUGUACGGGAUCUCCUCCCUUCGCCUGGAGUGCGUCACCGUGGAGACCUUCAUCCAGGCCAGCUUCCCGACCAGCCCUGAAUACUGCUUCACCAUCCCCAUCCGCUGUCUCUCCAUGGUCGUCUAUUUUACCCAGGAAUCCCUGCCUUGGCCCAGAGACGAGCAGCCCGUUGUUCACGUGGAAGUGGUCACCGAGGUUACAGAGUCUUUCUACCUGGAGAAAUGCAGGCUCAUAUAUUCCCAGCAGCCGCCCCCACCAAGACCACCAAAGCACAAUUUGUCGUUGGCUGUUAAAGUAACGCCAAAACCUUGCAUCCGAGAGCCUCUUGCAGACUCUCAUCCAGCUCGGUCAGCGAAUGGCAGUGAGCCCGAGGAAGGAUUAAGGAGGCAAAGUGUCCCCUGCAAAGCGAAAGUGCCUCUCCCACUGCCUAAGGGGCCACGGAAACCAGCCCUCCCCUCUCCGAAGACCUCUUGCAAACCCCAGCAGUCCGUCCAGCCGAAAGGUAACCCCUAUGAGGCAUGCCGCAUAACUCAAGGUGAGGUCCAGUCUGAAGACAGUGACCAUGACUACGAGUCUGCUGACUUGAUCGACACGAUCAAGAAAAUGCAAGAGUUUGUUUCGUAUUGAGCAGCAGGCUCAAUGCGCAUUGAUUUGCAUCAGGCUGUGAGAAUAAGUUGCAUUAUUCCCCUGAGGAGCUCUGCAGGAAAUUAUUUAUUCAGCUUCCUGUCGAAUGCUGACUGCUACGAAUGUACAUGAACUUCACAUAUUUAGUAUUGAAUCUGUUGCUUCUGAAAUAAAAUGAAGCUCGUAAAAAGCACAAAUGAAUCUGGGUAUCAACGCUUUCUGAACCGAAGCCCAGUUUUGAUGUAUGAAAGUAAUAAAAGAUACAAAUAAAGAUUGUUUGAAGCCUUUUAAUUUGGAUGGGGGGGGGGGGG